AUGGAGGGCGCCAAGGCCUACGUGCUGAACGAUGCGGGGGCGUGGAGGAAAGCCAGCGUGGUCGCGGCCCUUGGCUCGGGCCGCUACAGGGUAGAGCUGGACUCCUGGGAGGGGGGGGACCAGACCGGCGAGAAUGCCGCGGGAGAGAUCGUGGAGUUCGACGCCUCCAAGAUGGAAGGUGGCAGCCUGCCGUUCCAGAACGCGAACAUGCCGGAGGCGGGCUUUGCCAACAUGACCACGUUGGACCACCUCCAUGAGGCGGCACUCCUGCACAACCUCCGGGUGCGUUUCUUUAGUGCGAACUGUCCGUACACCUACACGGCGGACAUCGUGAUUGCGAUGAACCCGUACAGGUGGUUUCCUGAGUUGUUCACGGAGGAGCGGCGGAAGGAAUACACAACGUUCGACAGGGCCAAGAUGCCUCCACACGCCUACGCCGCCUCCUCCACCGCGUACUCGAAUCUGAGGGAGUCCAAGCGGGACCAGUCUAUCCUGGUGUCUGGCGAAUCUGGCGCUGGGAAGACAGAAACUGUCAAGAUCCUCAUGGCCCAUCUCGCGUUCAUCGCGUCCUCGCAGGACUCAAUGCACAUCAAGCGCAUCGUGGAGUCAAACCCCUUGCUCGAGUCUUUCGGCAACGCGCAGACAGUGCGCAAUGAUAACUCGAGUCGCUUCGGCAAGUUUAUAGAGCUGCAGCUCAACGGCUCCUGCACGCUGGUCGGCUCCAAGUGUCGGACGUAUUUGUUGGAGAAGUCGCGAGUCAUCAGCCAGGACAAGGGCGAGCGGAACUACCACAUCUUUUAUCAGAUGUUGGCCUCUGACUUGCGGGACACAAUCGGCCUAGGCGGCGACAAGACGCGCGACAAUAUGCGGUACACGCGCCUGGGUCAGUCAAAGACCGACAAGAUCGAGGGCGAAACGGACGGGGAGAAGUUCAAGACCACGGUCGACGCCCUUGCUCUCGUUGGCGUGGAUGGCGAGCUGCUGACAAGGCUGCUCAAGGCGCUGGCUGGCGUGCUCCUCCUCGGACAGAUCGACUUCGACGGGGGCUCUGGCGCCGACGACGCCGCGGCCGUCAGCCCGGGGACCUCUGGGCAGGCGGCCGAGGUCGCGACCAUCCUGGAGGUGGACGCGGAAAAUCUUGCCAAGGCUCUCACAUCGCGGACCAUCAAGAUGCGCAACGAGUCUGUGGUCAAGCGGUUGAACGUGCCAGCAGCCGUCGCCGCGCGGGACGCCCUUGCCAAAGAGCUCUACUCGCGCAUGUUCGAUUGGCUCGUGGGAAAAAUCUGCUCUGCAACCACGGCCGCGAGGAGCGAAUCGCAAUUCUUUGUCGGGUUGCUGGACAUCUUCGGCUUCGAGUCGUUCGCCAUCAAUCGCUUCGAGCAGCUGUGCAUCAACUAUGCUAACGAGAAGCUGCAGCAGAAGUUCACCCUCGACGUCUUCAAGGCCGUCCAGCAGGAGUAUGCCGACGAGGGGAUCCCUUGGGAUCGGAUCGAAUUUAAAGACAACGCUCCAGUUCUGGCGCUGAUCGAGUCGAAGUUGGGCAUCAUCUCCAUGCUCAACGAAGAAUGUGUGCGGCCCAAAGGCUCGGACGAGAACUUCGUCGCGAAGCUCGGGACAGCGCACGCUGCAGACGCCAACUUCUCGCAGCCGAAGCUCGGGGCCCAGAAGGAGCUGCAAUUCUCCAUCAGGCACUACGCGGGCUCCGUGAUGUACACCGCGUCUGGCUGGCUCGAGCGCAACAAGGACGCCGUUUCGGGCGACGUCACCGCGCUGCUCCGGUCCUCAGCGAACUCGCUGAUUUCCGACGUCUUCUCCGAGCAGGCCAAGAUGGGCUCGGACACGGUGGUGACGAAGUUCAAGACUUCGCUCGCGGACCUCAUGUGGACCGUGGGGCAGACCUCCACGCAGUACGUGCGCUGCAUCAAGCCGAACAAGAACAAGUCGCCGGUGGAGAUGGACAACAUGAUGGUCGUCGAGCAGCUGCGCUGCGCCGGGGUCAUCGAGGCGAUCCGCAUCUCGCGAGCGGGCUUCCCUGCGCGAAUGCCGCUGAAGGAGCUCGUUGGCCGCUUCGCGGUGCUUGUUCGGGCCGUGGCCGGCGUUGGUUUUCAGAAGGGUGCUGCCGCCGUGCAGUCUGGUAGGCCCAACGAGCGGGAGUUGGCCGCGAAGGUGCUGGCCGAGAUGGGCAGGAAUGCGGAGCUGCUGACGCAGUGCCGUUCGCUUGUAGCUGCACUCAUCCCGAACGCGGAGCAGGCCUCCUCGGCGUGUCGGAGCCCUUCUCGAGCUAUCUCGGAGGGCAUCCUGGACAUCACGGCGGCGCUAGCGACCAACCACUGGCUGGUCAGCAGCGGCGCGCUGGCCGAGCUGCAGCCGGAUCGGGGGACGGCGGACUUCAAGGCUGGUGUGCUGGAGGCGCUCGAGGAGCGCCGCGCGCUUUUGCAGCAGGCCGCGGUCACGGAGAUCGCGCGCCGCGUGCGCGGGCAGCGGUGCCACAGGCUGUUCGAGCAGAUGAGGGCCUCCGUCCUGCUGCUGCAGUCGGUGCAACGGAUGCGCCGCGAGCGGGCCGCGUUCCUGGUUCAGCGCAGAGCGGUGACCAUCCUGCAGGCCCACCGCCGCGGCGUCCUGGCCCGGCGGAGGACGGCGGAGCUCCGGCGGGAGCGCGCCGCCACGCGCCUGCAGGCCUGCCAGCGCCGCCGGGCCGCGGUCCGGGGCCUCGCGCGCGCGAGGGUGGCCGCGGUGCGGCUCCAGGCACAGGCCCGGAGCAGGUCCUGCAGGAGGCAGUACCUGGUCGAUCUCAAGGAGUUCAAGGAACAGGCCAAGCUGGAGAACCAGGUGAAGGCGCUGCAGGCGAGGCUGCAGGAGGCCGAGAGGGCCGCCAAGGAGGCGGCGGAGAAGGCCGCCAGGGAGCCCAGCGCCCCUGAUGGCGUCGUGGAGCGCGUGGUCCACGCCCUGGCGGCGGACAACGCCCGCCUGCGCGCGGAGAACGAGCGGCUGCGCGCCGAGCUGGAGAGGCACCGGAAACCCUGA